UGUACCUACAUGUCUGCAGAGCUCUCACGGUCUGCUCCGUCAUCACCGGCUUCUUUGGAGGUGUCCUCACACUCAUAGGGAUGAAAUGCACUAAAAUAGGCGGGUCAGAGACUGCCAGUGCAAGAGUGACCUUUGCAGCUGGUAUAACCUACCUGGUUUCAGCAUUCUGUGGAAUGAUUACCUACACAUGGUGGGCCAACAGAUCCAUAUCAGACUUUCUGAACCCAGCUUACCUGCAAUUGAAGUAUGAACUUGGAGCUGCGAUUUUCAUUGGCUGGGGAGGCUCGUUCCUUCUCCUCUUUGGAGGGAUGGUACUGAGUUACUUCUCUGGAAAAGAAUGUUUCCAGUCGAGUUCCCUGAAAAGGCCUCUGAGACCAUUCACUUAUGCCACCGCCCAGACCAGACGCACCUACAUGAUGCCACCCUCAUCGUCCAGAGCGACUCUGAUGCCACCGCUGUUGUAUGAAGGCAGGCGGAGUCGAGCAGCCGGAGCGACGACAAGGACUGGUCAGACCUUGAACAGGGACACCUUUGUCUGA